AUAUAUGCAGAUUAUUUUUAGAUUUUUAUAGAUUCUAUCGAAAAUAUUUAUUAUGACUGAACACAAAAUGUGUAAGUAUACAUUUUAUAUAGUCUUAAAUGAAAAUAUCUAACGUUUUUACAUAAGAAAUAAAACCAUGUGUUCUUAAUAUUAGAACUAAUAUAUGUGAAUAAUACUUUUACAUAUAAAUUGUUCAUAAAUGCGUAUAUUUAUAUACUGCUCGAUACAUAUAAUUGAAGAAUAAAUCUUAUUAGAAAUUUUAUUUAUUUACCAUAAUGUUCGGGAAUCUUAAAUCUAUAAUUAUUGCUUAAUUCAUGCUUGGGCUUAUACUACUAAUUUUCUUGUAAAUAUAAACAAACAACAAUAUAUUACUGCUAUUUGAGUAUAAAACAUGUGUUACCUAGAUUUAGCUUUGAUUUACAUUUUUGAAUAUAUUAUUUUUAGGAAAUCUUUUUGUAUUGCUUUAUAUAAUCUCACAUCAAUAAAAACGCUAAUUUAAUUACAAUCAUAGUAUAUUUUAUUCAUUGUCAACGAACCUUUGAACAAUUGAAAAGCAACGAAAAAAAAUUUUUAAGUGACGUGACAGCAUAUUUGAGAAUCUCAAGUAAUUAAUAUCAUAAAAUACAUUUGAUUGUAAAGAAAAUGGAAGAAAAAAUAGAUCCAAUUUCAAUACAAAAGCAUGAAACGAACGAAAAACGAGACUCGAAGAUAACAAUCAUUGCAGAUAAAGGAAUGUCCUUGUUACAAAAAAAAGACAAGAUUCAUGAAGAAGAGAAAACGUUGCAAGAUCUUAAAUAUUUUUCUGGAAAUGAUCCAAGAUUUCAGCAGCAAAAUCAGACACAGAGAUGCUUCGUGAUGUAUACAGAUUUCUAUCGUUGUCAGCACAUUUUAGGUGAAGAUUCCGAAGCAUGUACUUGGUUUAAACAUGUUUUUACGUCCAUAUGUCCAAAGAUGUGGAUAAAACAUUGGGAUGAACUUAGACUUACAGGCAGAUUACCUUGGCAUAAAUAUAAAACUCAGGGCGUUUUUCCUGGCAACAAAUAUGGUGAAUGA